UUCAGAUUAACAAUCAGUCUCGCCAAGUUAUCAACAUCCGGUAUUUCACUUGCAAACAAAUUGUGUUAUUUUUUCCGAAAUGUCGCGUGGAACCAGCCCAGCACGAGACAAGAGAAUUAUAACGUUAGCAGCUGAAGUCGCAGAAACAAAAGAUCGACGCGUGCCUUCAGUAUUGCUUCGUUUGAAGCCUAUUCUUGACACCUGCCCAUCCGGUACUACAGAUGGAGGGAGGGUUCGGCGUGAGAUUGUGGAGUUUGAGCUUCUGGAGGUGCUGAUCCUGAUCCUCAAGCAGGACUACAGCAUCAUAGAGGGCCAAUGGCAUACUGCCGCAAGGCUCUGUACCAUUCUUGGCCAAGCUGUUUCCGGACUUGAUCUGCCUAAGGACCAGCUUCGAGACAUUGAGAAGAAAAAGCUGCCCGACGCCAUUGACAACAUGUUCCUUGUUGCAAGAAGAAUUCAAGCCAGAUAUCUUGUCAUUCCAAAAGUGCCUAGCAAAGAGAAAGAGCGUUCAUUCCUGCUCGGAUGUUUCAAAUCUGUCAUAGAAGCUCUUGUGCUGAUUUCUGCUGGAUAUGUUUUAAUCACAUCAAAAGUGUUGUCCUCCCCCUGGUUGUUACAGCUGAUGAUCAUGGACAAUGGUGACUCUGUUACCAUGGUAAUGGACAUGGUAGUCAAGGUGAUAAGGGCAAACUGGUUGGCAGUGAAGGAAGUGGGCCACAAGACCCUGUACAGCAUUAUGGAUGAGCUCGUCUACAAACUGUCGGUGGAGCAGGCUGCAUCCCUUGGGGCUGGAGCCACCAAGUGUGUGCUGUGUAUCUGUGAAUAUCACAAGCCUAUGGUUACCUCCCUUUCCACUCGGUAUCGAGGAUUGCGACCCCUGCUUUCACGCUGGGAUGGAAAAGGUUUUAGCCGAGAUCUUAAAGAGCUGUAUAGACUUUUGGAGGCAGGAAAUGCUCAGCGAGCAGAAAUGGAGAAAAACUAUGACUCAGCCCUGAUAAUACAGGCCAACUGGAGAGGUUUUAUCACCAGAAAGAAACUAUCCAAGGCAAACCAAGCAUUUGCUAAGUUCCAGAAGGCUUUCAGAAAUCGUCAGCGAUUGCGAGAGGAGACCCUGGUGAGAGAGAAACACCAGACCGAGAUGGAGUACAAGGGGCUGCUGAACAGGCAGAGGAUCAUGAGAGAGUUCAGAGAGAGGCAACUACACUGCCUGGAGAUACUGCCAGCAGCCAAAGUGGAUGCCUUCCUCCAGGCAGAAGAAACACAGGCGGCCACGAAGAUUCAGAAAAUGUGGCGUGGAUAUAACGAAAGGUCACAACUGACGGGUCGCAGAGACCAUGUGCAGCGCACGAGAGCGGCAGUGAAGAUUCAGCGAUGCGUGCGCACGUGGCUGGAACGCCUGGAGCGUAGAAAGGGCGAUGUUCCGAUACAUCUACGUCCCCCGGGAUUGAAUGAUGACCGGCGAGUGGAGUUACAGAAAACCAUUGCUAAUUGGCGAGAGGAAAAUCCACCACGUGCAAACACUCGUGAAGAGCUGGAGAAGGUUCACAAUCAGGCCAUGUCCAUGCUUGCUCAGUACUACAGCGGAUUGCGCAAAAGCCGUAAAGACGAACACAAGCGUGACACCCUAAUGGCAAGGCUUGAUAUCGACUCAGAGCUGUGCUCAUUGGCGCCUCCCUUGGACAAGGUCACACAGAAGGACGUUGAAAUGUACUCGACCCGCUCCGUUCCUGUGGCCACGAAGGCUCGAGUGAAUCACAUGGAGACACUGCGCAACCUGCAGCUGCCCUGGUGGAAAAAACUUGGAGAUGAGUUCCAGGAUUCAGAGGUCCAAGAAGAAGAAGUGCUGUUGUUUUGAGAUUGGAAUAUUAAACUUUUGUCACAUUUGAGCCACGCUAAGGGAAAAUGAGGCCUAAUGCAUAUCUGUAAAGUGUUAUUUCCAGAUUAGCCUGUGCACCUUGCACAGGCUAAUUAGGGAUGGACGACAUUGUCUGCUUUUACGGAGUUUUGUGUUUGAAAGAAGUCUCUUCAAAACACAAAUUCAGUCAAGGUGGAAAGCAUCAUCCCUGAUUAACCUGUGCAUAUGCAAUUUGCUUUGUUUGUCCAGAGCAUGGCUCAUAUGGUAAUCAAUGAGCUGCCUAAAAGCUGUACUUGCUGCCUAAAAGCUGUACUUGCUGCCUAAAAGCUUUACUUGCUGCCUAAAAGCUGUACUUGCUGCCUAAAAGCUGUACUUGCUGCCUAAAAGCUGUACUUGCUGCCUAAAAGCUGUACUUGCCCGUUGGUCACACAAUUUAUCAACUGGUUAGUAAACAUCAGCGUUAUUUUUCUAAUGCACAGAGAUUUUAUAUUCUUCGUCCAGUAUAAGCAAAAGGAUAAGCCAGUUUUGCAGAGGUUAGCCUUCAUAGCAAACUUGGUUUCCAAUUAUUUCCUGUAUUUUGCCGACGGUCACAAUUUUAGACUACUGAGUCAUGAUUGUUGAUGCAUGCUGUAUAAUAGGUUAGCAAUCCGUCCAAUAGUGUCUUAAUAUGAAGUUAUUUAAGAUUGUACUAAAUAAAGGGACAAAGCUGUUUACAUUAAAGAAGAAGUAGAUAGAAAAUCACAUAAAAUAGGUAUACUCUUUGUAUUGACAUAUUUUUCUGUGAAUGCUUCUGUACAGAGCUGUCUAUUUUAUUGAGUCUGUGAUAAAAUUGUCAAUAGUAUUGUACAUAGAUUGCAUAUUUGUUAUGUAUUUAAUAAAAGCUUCUUAAAAUUUAAUAAAAUAGCCAUAUUCAAA